CUUACCCUCGCCUUAUGCCCUUGGGGGAAUCCCAGUCACCAUUUUGGACGUCGGUCCAAACAAGGGAUGUUCGCAACAUAAGCCCCUCAGCCGUCGUUUUUGAUCGAUUUUUAGUGUACAAUUAUGUUUACUUCGGGCCUGAAACCCCCCCAUAAUUAAAUUCGCGUUGAUUGUACAUCCGCUAAGAAAAGUCCACCGAAACGUAAAACCUCAACGUCAAUAUGGAUAAGUCAACAUACAAGUCUAUGGCUCCGUUUGACAACUGUUUUGUGGUUUUGGAGCUGAAGACUUUGCCUUAUAAGGAGAAGAAGAGGCUGAAGCUGGCAAUAACAGAGAAUGGGGGCAGCAUUUCCUAUGUGAUCAAUAAGCAGUGUACUCUCGUAGUGACGAUCAGUAUGUCCAGUCUGAGCGCCAGUCGGGUGCGGAGCAUAAAGAAGCAUCAGACUCCAGUAGUAGGGGUGGAGUAUGUGUCACGCUGCCUGGAGAAGGGAGUCCUGCUGCCUGUAGAGGACUACUGCCUGCCCCCCCCUCCCUCUACCUCUCUCAUCCCACCCAGGCCUGCCUCUCCCUUGCCAUCUCUGUCAGUUUUGAAGGGGACGAGCCAGCCGGCUGAAGUUCAGAUCCAGACAGUGAAUGCUGUAAAUCAAGCCGAGAGUGCGGGGAAUCAGGAGAGAACUUACCUGGGCAAAUUCAGAGUGUAUACUGAAAGUGACAAUGAUCUUCCAACAUAUCCAACAAAUUUCCAAGUGGCCAAAUACUCAAUUUUUGGAAAGGCUAACAGCAGCACAUGGUCGGUGUUGGAGCUGCAGAGUGGCAGCACAGAGGGGGGACAGCAGCAGUACCGUGUGGUGAGGUACUGGAGAGAGGACCAUGGUGCCAAGUCAGCAGCUGUGCAGGACAAGCAGGUGUUCCUCUCCAUGUCAGAGGAGGCUGUGGAGGUCUACCAGACUCUCAGGAAGGAGCUGCAGGUCAGAGGACUCACACUCAGGACCACCCUCCCUCCAGAGGCUCCGUAUCUGGGCUCUGCCAGCCUGCAGCAGCUGCUGCUGGAGGAGAAGCUGAGUUGCAGCAGCCUAUCACAGGAAGUGGGCGUGUUCGUGGAGCUGCUCUGGGCAGAGGCCCUUGGUUGUCUGGACAACGUCCUCAAGGUUCCAAUCACCAGCCUCAGUCUCAACGAUGUGAGCAGGGCUGAGGGGCUGCUGCUACAGGUCCAGAGGAAGCUGAGGGCGAGACAGGGGGAGGGGCCAGACACUGAGGUGGCUUCUCUGAUGGAGGAGGUCUACACCCUCCUGCCACACAAAACUGAUCAGUCCCAUCUCCCUCUCCACACUAAACUCAUCUCAUCGCAACUGGACCUCUGCCAGUUAAUCAGAGACGUGCUGAAUGUGAGCGAGGCAACACUGAGAAGCCCCAUCCCUUCCUGUCUGGGGAAGUACCGCGCGCUGAGGUGCAGCAUUGAAAGAGUUCCCCCUGGUCCUGAAUUGCUGUAUGUCACAGAACUUCUACAGGACAGACAGGUGCAGAUCUUGCAGGUGCUGAGAGUAAACAGAGGGGUAGAGCUACAGAUGUUUAGAGAGGAUCUGGGGAACGUUAAGCCCCUCCUCCACUCCUCCAGCCCCAGCAGCUUUGUGGGGAUCCUGUCUCGGGGUCUGUUGCUGCCCAGAGUUGGAGUGGAGCAUCAUGGGAUUGAGAGAACAGACAUUGGGAACUUGGGCGGUGGCAUCUACUUCAGUGAUGCAAUGAGUACCAGUUUGAAGUACUCUAAGCCCAGUGUGACGGACGGCAGUCGGCUGCUGCUGGUGUGUGACGUGGCGUUGGGGCGCUGUACUGACCUCCAGAAGAGGGACAGCAGCCUGACUCGCUCCCCUGAGGGAUACCACAGUGUACACGGGGUUCGCCACACCCCCAAGAAACCCUCAGAGUUUGACGAUGAUGAGUAUGUGGUGUACAGCCCAGAGCAGGUGAGGCUGCAAUAUAUGGUACAGUUCAGACUGGAGGAGGACCAGCUGAAGGACUUCCAGCCCACCAUAGAUACUUCUUCUACCGAGCUUCCGCUUCCUGUCUCACCGUCUGACCUCUUGUCCUGUGGUGAGGCUGAGGAGGAUGUUGGGAGCUGUAAGAACCCUCUAGAGGAGGUGACUGCAGGCCUGUUGGACUGCUCUGGACAACCACUCCCCCUACAGGCCGUUCAUGUCAGGGCCAGGCUGAUGGAUCUGCUCUCCCAGGUCAUCAUCUUCCAGACAUACACCAAUCAGAGCACCGCCCCCAUCGAAGCCAAGUACGUCUUCCCAUUGGAUGAUUCUGCUGCUGUGUGUGGCUUUGAGGCCUUCAUCAAUGGGAAACAUGUAAUGGGACAGGUGAAGGAGAAGCAGCAGGCACGUAAAGAGUAUAAACAGGCCAUAGAGAGAGGCCAUGGAGCUUACCUAAUGGACCAGGAUGCACCUGAUGUUUUCACCAUCAGCGUUGGGAACCUGCCUGCCGGUGCCACCGUCCUUAUCAAAGUUACCUUCGUCACCGAGCUGGUCGUCAUGGAGGGCUUGAUCAACUUCUCGUUGCCCGGUAGUGUGGCGCCAUGGCAACAGAGCUCAGCGCUCAACCAGAGGACUCAGGUGACUUUGGAAAAGGUGUGUGUGACCAACCUGGAUUCCCAAGGGGAGUUUAGUCUGGACAUGUCCAUUGAGAUGCCCAAUGAGAUCAUCAACCUGCACUGCCUCACACACAAAGUCAAGAUCAAGAGGACCGACUGUAAGGCGGUGGUGAGGACAUGUCCAGGUGAGACUCUGGGUCCAGAUGGGUUCCUGGUCUGCUUCAGUCUGGCCCAGAUCCACCUACCCAGGAUGUGGGUGGAGAAACAUCCAGAUAAAGACAGCCAGGCCUGUAUGUUGGUAUUUUACCCAGACUUUGAGCCCUGCCCCACCUCCAGCCCCAUGUCCGGCUCCAGUGAGGUGAUCCUGCUGUUGGACUCGUCUGAGUCCAUGAGAGGAGACGCUCUCCAGAACGCCAGAAGAAUCGCCCUGCAGCUUGUUAAUACCAUGGACCACCACAGCGUUCGAGUCAACGUCAUCUCCUUUGGCUCAGACCAGAAGGAUGCUUUUCUCUCGGCCAACCCUCUAGUCGAGGCUCUCCAACCAGCCAAGAAGUUCAUCAUGUCCUCCCCACCUGUUGGGGGCAGCACUGAGCUGUGGAGGCCCCUGCGCAGCCUGAGUCUGUUGCCUCCGUCACAGGGCGUGAGGAACCUGCUGCUGCUAUCAGACGGCCACGUCCAGAACCAAGCCCUGACCCUGCAGCUGGUCAGACAGCAUGCCCAGCACAGCCGCCUCUUCACCUGCGGCCUCAGCCCAACAGCCAAUCGGCACAUGUUGCGGGCCCUGGCCCAGGCAGGGGGAGGGGCCUAUGAGUUCUUUGACACAAAGACAAAGCACACCUGGCGGGAGAAGGUGGCGUGCCAGGUGAAGCGCAUCAUGUCUCCAGGCUGCAGCUCUGUGUCUGUGAAGUGGCAGCAGUUUAACCCCUCAGCUCCCCCUCCGGUCCAGGCCCCCUCUCAGCUCCACGCGCUCUUCACUGACUGCCACACCCUGGUCUACGGCUUCGUGCCACACUGUACACAGGCCACUCUUCUUGGAGACCUGAGUGGUCAGAACAUUGAGACAAUGGUGUCCACCACUGAGCUACAGAAAACCAGGGGCACGUUCCUUCAUAAGCUCACAGCGAGGGCUGUUAUCAGAGACUAUGAGGAUGGCAGUCUUCACACCAACGAGGCUGAACAUGAGGGGAAGAAAUCAGUGAUGAAGUCCUUCAUCAUUGAGCUGAGCAAAGAGUUCUCCAUCCUGUCUCAGUUCACCAGCUUUGUUGCCAUCGAGGAGAGGGACUCAGAGCAGCCUAACGUGGGUUUCACAGACGUUCCCAAACUGAUCUCAGACGAGGACGUCGACUUCUUACCUUACCUUAGCUGGCUGGAGGAGGAAUAUGAGGGAGAUGGAAUGGACUUGGGAUCAAACUCAAUGUCAAACUUGCUGGAUGGUGGGCCAGGGCGUGUUUUAUGCAGAAAUAUCUGUAUGGAGGAGAUGGUGAUGGGGGAGGAGCAUGAAUCGUUGGUUCAACUCCAGGUGGAUGACGAAUCAUGGGAAGGACUUAAUUACUCUUACUUAAUGGGCUCUAUGGUCUUUGGCAGCCCAGUGACCGUGUCCGCUGCUACCAAACCUCCGGAUAUGACUUUGAAGAGUGAAGGAGCUGUGACGGAUGAAGAGAUGGAGUGCUUUAAUGACAUGUACUUUGGUUUACAGGAAUCUGAACACCCCCUUCGUGGCUCAGUAAUCAUGCAUAGUGAGGCUCUGACCUCUUUUUACUCUCCAACUCUCCACACGAUUACAGGUAGCCAAAGCACACCAGUCACCCCAUACCUUGCUACCAAAAUGCUGGCUAUGACUGUGGAGACGGAUUUCAUCCCUGAGCUGUCUGAGACCAUCCAGUCUCUCCCAGAGAUAGUGAGGCAUGCGAAGAGUAGACAGGGAGACUUUAGACGGGCGGACAGACACAGGAAGGUUUGUGCCGAUCCGGCAUUUGACACUGUAGAGACACAGAAGAAGUCUCUCUCUGUUGCUGAUGUGCCUCGUCCUCCUCCCUCUGUUCUUCAGCUCAAGUCUUGCGCUGUUGCUGAUGCUCUCCUUCCACCCCCUGCUUCUGUCGUCGGUUCUCCUGGUCCUCCUCCACCCCCUGCUUCUGUCCUCAGUUCUCCUGGUCCUCCUCCAUCUCGACUGCAGUCUUUCUCUGCCGCAGUUUCAGAUGCUCUUCCUCCUCCACCCCCUGCUUUUGUCCUCAGUUCUCCUGGUCCUCCUCCAUCUCGACUGCAGUCUUUCUCUGCCACAGUUUCAGAUGCUCUUCCUCCUACACCCCCUGCUUCUGUCCUCAGUUCUCCUGGUCCUCCUCCAUCUCGACUGCAGUCUUUCUCUGCCACAGUUUCAGAUGCUCUUCCUCCUCCACCCCCUGCUUUUGUCCUCAGUUCUCCUGGUCCUCCUCCAUCUCGACUGCAGUCUUUCUCUGCCACAGUUUCAGAUGCUCUUCCUCCUACACCCCCUGCUUCUGUCCUCAGUUCUCCUGGUCCUCCUCCAUCUCGACUGCAGUCUUUCUCUGACGCAGUUUCAGAUUCUCUUCCUCCUCCCUCUGCUCUUGUCUCCAAUGAGUUUCGAGCAAUAAAACACAAGAUGAGAGGUCAUCCCAAACCUGGAGUUGGGGCUAUCUCCCAUACUGCUACCUUCCCGAAACUGCAAGCCGGUAAGGACCUGCUACUUUCCAAACCCCGAGAGCCCUAUCCUGUGGAACUGUGUGAGACUAGCAAAAUGUGGACCGUGGAUAAUAGCUUAUCUGAGGAUAAGGAUUGUGGACUAGUGGAGAUGGACCACUGGCAGCCUUCUGUUGUCCCUGCCUCUGUGCCCCCAUCAGGGUUUAGUUUCGGGGGUGGGAGGGUAGGGUCUCAAAGCAGCCAACAUCACGGCUCUUGGUUUGGGGACACAGCCAAUGCAUGUUACAUUCCAGGUUUAUUUGAGGCUUCUUCAGCAGGCUCGCUGUUUGGCCCCACACUCCCUUAUCUUGGAAGCUCGGGCAGAUCAAUGGGGUUAAGUUUUGAGGCACCACUUACUGGCGGACACCUCAACUCCCCUUUACCCACCACUCAUGGCUUCAAUCUGACCCAUCCUUUAGGGGCCUCACUUGGUUCCUCUCUGUUUGGUAGCUCUCUCAGGACACUACAACAACAUCAUGUACUACCACAAGCACAAAAACCUCUGGAUAUAAAAAAAAACAUACAGAAACUUGUCGGAGACAGUGAAAGGAGGGAAGGUCUUGAAUUCAGGAAGAAUACUCUUGAUGUAGUAAAAUGGACAGAGAUUUUUGCCCUCCAGCACUCGGAAGGUUACUGGGAGUGCUCUGCCAGCCUGGGUUCCCUCCUCGGUGUGGAUGUGGACUAUUUUGCAAACGUCUUCCUGAAGAAUAGAGGCAUCAGCUCUCUAGGUGUGAGGGCCCAUGCUGACAUCCUGAGGCUGGUGGCCAGUCUGCUGGUGCUGCAGCUGAUGAGGGUGAGGAGGCUAGAGGAGGGGAAGCUGCUGCUCAGCCUGUUCCGUCUGGACCUGGACCACUCUCCUCCUCAGCCCAGGUGUGAGCGCUGGGAGGCGGUGAGGAGGGCGGUGGACUGGGUGUGUUGGGCAGACAGGGAGUACCCGUGUGUGUGCAGCAGGCUGGAGUUUGGCUGGGACUGGGAGUCGUCCACACGGCAGCUCCUGGGCAUCGACCCCCCACACCCCCUCUCUCCCCUCAUCCUCCUCGGGACCACAGGGGGAGUGAGGGCCCAAUGACUUCCAGAAGGAGAAAGGUGUAUGACCAGUAUAUACAUCUGCAGCUAUUGCUUUUAUUAUUUCACUUAUUACGAGGUUAAGGUACUAUGCUAUACUGAUAACCUUUUCACUGAUCAAAUCAGUUUUGUAAUUCCAAAUCUUUGCAUUUAAAGGUGUGAUUUUAUGUUUGCUCAAAAUACAAGAGCAAUCAUUUUUAAAAUGUAUUUAUACUCCUCAAUCUAUGGCCAUGUUCUAUAUCCAUACAGCUGUCAUUGUGUGAUUUCAGUCAUACUGAUAAGACCUUGCUCCAAUUUUCUUUCUGUUUUCUUUGUCUGACUGAAAUAAUCCUCAGAUGGAUAAGCAGAACAGCAGGGUAAUGUGGUCAUGCUAUUGGUCACUCGGGUUCCAUUUCGAUCCUUUACACACACACACACCUUAAAGCCUUUCUAAAAGAAUGGAUUGAUUUAAAGUGUCUGUUUCACAAUAUAUAAACAUAGUCAGCUUGAAUCAGUGUGUGUUACAGCAUGAAAGUCAAAUCCAAAAGAACCUGACUCGCUAGUGUUGUGUUCACUUACCAAGUUCACCACAAGGUGUCGCUAUAAGAAAGGUCAAGGUUAAUGACUAUUAAUAAAGAUGUAAAUCGAUGCAUACUGGGAGAAGAAUAAGAUGGAUGCCUACACCAUAUAGUAAAGUCACGUUCAUCUUACCUUUCAGCCUGGACUCUUACUGAGUAAGGUCUUCAGUUACUCAACCAGCUAUAUGUUGUGUAGUAAGACCCUGUGUGUUCUGGAUCCACUAGCUGCUGAAACUCCAUAACUUUCAUAUUCUGACCAAAAAAAACAGAGUUAGCUUGCCAUGAUUCCACAACAUCCAUGUCACUGUCAGUCCCCCUUCCUGUUGUCUCUUCUGACCCCUGAUGACCUGAAUGUGUCAGAGGAAGAUCUUCUUGGCCUUCUCUUCAGCUAUUUUCUCCAGUUCUGUCUUCAAAUGAUUGUUCACUUCUUUUGACAGAAUUUCCUCGUACAACCUUUGGUAAUAUGGUUGACCAACUUGGCCACACGUGUUUCUGCUAUUGAGACAGGUGCUUUAUCUUGGCCAGGUCGCAAUUGUAAAUGAGAACUUGUUCUCAACUUGCCUACCUGGUUAAAUAAAGGUGAAAUAAAAUAAAAAAAUAAAUAAAAUUAACACACUAGUGCCAGAUAAGGCCCCCACCAACCAGAGGCAUGCCAAUGACCAGGGAAAGGAAGUAGAUGGUCAUAUAUUUGUCAGUGAAAAGAUCAGAUCCAAAUGUUUUUUAAAGUGACAGUUGGCAAUAAAGACACUUUUCAUCCAUCCCUGGGCAGUCUAAAUAUUUACAUAAUCUAACCAGUGGCAGCAGGUAGCCUAGUGGUUAGAGCGUUGGGCCAGUAACUGAAAGGUUGCUGGAACGAAUCGCCGAGCUGCCAAGGUAAAAAUCUGUCGUUCUGCCCCUGAGCAAGGCAUCUCUCUGAUUCAGAGGGGUUAGGUUAAAUGCGGAUUUUUAAAACGGGUAUUAGACACAUUCACAUGUGGGAUAUAUUCGUAUUAAGGCAUCUUCAGAUGUUCCAGUCUUCACCUGAACGAACAUAAAUAAUAGCUACUUGGUUGUAGAAAUGGCUACUUCUUCAGCUGUUCCAGAGUCUUCACCUGAAUGAACAUCACAGGUAAAAUCCUAGGCUGUGUCAUGCACUGGAGUGGCAUUGUUUAUUAGCACACAUGUUUUUGUCUAGCAGCCCAGGGGAAGAUAAUAUGGCCUUUAAAUAUGUAUUUUAUUGAUGUAUCUAAUUUGUGAUACAUUUGUCAGUUACCAUUGAACAUUUGACCAGCAUUUAGCCUUUUUGCAUUAUAAAAUAAACCUUCUGAACAUAAUAUAAACUGUCA